UUUAGUGAUUGGGCACACUGUUAACCAAACAUUUUUACUGACGCAGUAUACACUAAAGAGUAGUAUUUAAACAGUUUGAAGCAGUAAAUUAAACAUGUCUUUAUUCCGGAAUAUAAAUCGAAAUUUGUUCAUGUCGCAUAAUAUAAGUCAGGGAAAUAAUGUUCGGCACAUGACCACAUUAAAUUCUUCCUCACAAUCGCUAAAAUCUUAUGAGGAAAUUCCUGGACUGUCAUCCCUACCGCUUAUAGGACCGUUGCGCCACUUCUUACCUGUUAUUGGUACCGUGGGUCCACAAAAAACGUUAUAUGAUUUGUGUAAAGUUCUAUACGACAAAUAUGGACCUAUUGUGAAACUGGAGGGUAUAUUUGGGAGGGCGAACAUGUUGAUAUUGUAUGAGCCGGAACACUAUGAUCAGGUGUACAGAUCUGAGGAAGUCAAUCCAUCUCGCCCGGGUUUCCAGACGUUGGUAUACUACAGAACAAAGUUAAAGGAGUCGAGAUUUGACGGCGUGUAUGGACUCACUACGGCAGAAGGUUCACAAUGGCGCGAUUUCAGGAGUAAAGUGAAUCCGAUAUUUUUAAAACCGAAGCUGGUUAAACUUUACGCACCAGCGCUGAGUGAAAUAGCAGAUGACUUUAUAUCUAGAUUACUUAAAAAUGCUGAUAACAGUGAAAUGCUGAAUGAGAAAUUAGAUGACGAUCUGACAAAAUGGUCUUUAGAAUCAGUAGCUUACGUGGGUCUAGGAAGUAGAAUAGGUUGUCUACGGGACAAUUUGAAGGAAGACGAUCCGGCUUUAACAUUGAUCAGAUGUGCGAAAGAAGUUGUGGAAUACACUUGGGAGUUGGAGUUCAAGCCAAAUCCGUGGAAAUAUAUACCGACACCGACAUUUAAUAAAGUCUUAGACACGUAUGAGCGGCAGUGGAAUACAAGUGCUUUUUUCAUAAAGGAAGCUCAAAGGCAGAUAAAUGAGCGAGGCCAUGAUAUUCCGGACGAGGACAAAAGUAUCAUUGAAAAGCUGCUAGCAGUUGAUGAGAAGGUGGCCAUCAUGAUGGCCAGUGAAAUGUUGUUAGCAGGAAUAGAUACUGUGGCUUUCGGAGUAACGGCUCUAUUGUAUAAUAUGGCAAGUAACCCAGACGUGCAGACGAAACUUCGUGAAGAAAUAUAUUCAUCUACGCCGAGUAAAAGAUAUUUAAAAGCAUGCAUCAAAGAGUCACAGAGAUUACAUCCGGUCAUAUCAGCAAAUUUACGGAGAACUACCAAGGACCAUAUCGUUUCUAACUACCAUAUUCCUGCAGGGAUUGAUGUCCUGUCUCCAAACGAGGUGCUAAGUAAAAUGGAGAAACAUUAUCCAAAAGCUACAGAAUUUAUACCAGAGCGAUGGUUGGUCGAUAAGUCAGAUCCAUUAUAUCAUGGCAACACUCAUCCCAUGGUCACUCAGCCCUUUGGCUUCGGGGUGCGCUCGUGUAUUGGAAGAAGAAUAGCCGAGUUAGAGACUGAGAUUCUAAUAGAGAAAGUGAUACAGAAUAUGAGUGUGGCGUGGACGGGACCACCGCCGGAAAAGAUCACUAAAGUCAUGAACAUGUUUAAGAAACCCUAUCAUUUUAAGUUUCAGCGCAUUUAAUUAUUUUUGAAGUUUAAAAUGAAACUAGAAUGUUGUGU